UCGGGUUCUGGUUAUCACGAAAACCAUGGGUUUUACCCUUCUUUGAUAAAACUAAGAAGGGGAAAGACAUACGUUAGGAAUCCCCUUACAAUGGUAAGAGCCUUUGAUAGAAGCAGAUCGUCAUCAUUCAACUUCAGAAAAAUGUUUGAUUUAAAAAGCCACAGUUCUGACAGUAACCAUUCUCAUUCAAGUACUGAAUCAAAAAGUCCCAUGGAAGCUCAUCAUCAUAAUGUAGCAUCAUCCUCCCCCCCUGAUCACAUAGGUUUCGUUUCUCGCGUUACAAAAGACGUUGGUGUACAUAAAUAUGUCUGCAAGGUGUCCUCAGAUGUUGAUUUAAUGAAAGAAAGAUUUGCAAAGUUGUUGCUGGGUGAAGACAUGUCAGGUGGUGGCAAAGGUGUUUCAUCAGCCUUGGCUUUGUCAAAUGCCAUUACUAAUCUUUCAGCUUCUAUAUUUGGAGACUCUAAGAAAUUAGAACCAAUGUCAUCGGAUAUGAAAGCGAGGUGGCGAAAAGAAGUCGAUUGGCUCCUAUCGGUCACCGACCACAUUGUCGAACUCGUCCCUUCGCAGCAACAAGCUGCCGAUGGUUCAACCAUGGAGAUAAUGGUAACGAAACAACGAAGCGAUCUCCUGGUUAACAUCCCAGCAUUGCGGAAACUCGAUGCCAUGCUUCUUGACUGUUUAGAUAACUUCAAAGGGCAGACAGAGUUUACGUAUGUUGAUUUCAAGGAUGCAAAUGACGCAGAGAAAGCCGCCAGCCGAGACAAUGACAAAUGGUGGAUACCUACUGUCAAGAUCCCAACUGGCGGUCUAUCAGAAGCAACGAAGAAAUGGAUACAGCAGCAAAAAGAUGCUGUCAAUCAGGUUCUGAAAGCAGCCAUGGCUAUCAAUGCCCAAGUGCUCUCAGAAAUGGAGAUCCCAGAAAGCUACAUUGAGUCCCUUCCUAAGAAUGGAAGAGCAAGCCUCGGUGAUUUAAUCUACAAAAGCAUCACAGAUGAAUUCUUCGAUCCUGAUAGCCUAUUAUCAUCCAUGGACUUGACGUCAGAGCACAAAGUACUCGACUUAAAGAACAGGAUUGAGGCCUCAAUCGUGAUCUGGAAGAGGAAGAUGGUCCAAAAAGAUGGCAAGUCGUCAUGGAGCUCCGCCAUAAGCAUGGAGAAGAGGGAGCUCUUUGAAGAAAGAGCAGAAACUAUGCUACUCAUACUAAAGCAUCAUUUUCCUGGACUUCCUCAAUCCACACUUGACAUAUCCAAAAUCCAAUACAACAAGGAUGUGGGACACGCGGUACUAGAGAGCUACUCAAGGGUACUAGAAAGUUUGGCUGCUGCCAUCUUGAAUCGGGUAGAUGAUGUCGUUUAUGCUGAUGCUUUAGCAGUAAAAUCAUCAUCAGGGAGUGAACCAGAAGAGAAUCUUACACCAGGGACACCAACAUCCAUGACAUUACUGGAUUUUAUGGGAUGGAAUAUCGACCAGGGAGAAGCAAAGAAGAACCCAGGUAGUGAUUUUGAUGAAUACCUGAAAGAGCAUGAUCAUGAAAAGAUUAUGGCAAAGACUCCAGAAAACAAGAAGAUAUCCUAUCUUGAGAAGCUUGAGCAUUGGGGCGGCCUAAGAAGUCCAACAGCGCGGCAUUAAACUGGGAAGUGCACAACAUGAUGAGAUUAAAAAAGACAGCGAAUUUUAAGCUGAGAGGGACAGGAAGAGCAUAGGACCAAAGAAAGCAUGUAGAGAGAGAUAUCUUACUUUUUCUGAAAUGUGUAUAUAAAUUUUAACAGAUACCUGAGGUGGUUUGUACUGACCUAGUCCUUUAGGAGUUCUUCCUUCCUAUGACAGGACAGGGAAGUUUCAGCGUUUAACCGUGGAUGCUUUUAUGAGGUAUCCGAUAUCCUAACUUUCACUGUGCAAAGUGUACUCGAGCGGCCAUGAUUUAUAAAUUUAACUUAACUUGCUCUU